UCCCGCCUCUUCCCCCGCCCCCGCGAGGGGGCCAUUGGCCCAGGGGCCGGGCCGGGCCGGGCCCCGCCAUGGUGCGCUUCAAGAACAGGUACGUGCUGUGCGAGGUGGUGUCGGAGGAGCCGCGGUGCCGGCAGUGCAUCGAGGACCGCGCCGUAAGCCUGGCCGUCAGGGACGCCGUGGGGCGCGUGCACGGGGACUACGGGCUGGGCUGCGUCUCCGUGUCCUUCACAGGUGGGGAUCCCUCCGGGGAACCGCGGCUGGAAACCCGCCCCGGGAGAGCCAGCAGCGGCCCAGUGAAGUACCUCAAUGCCUACACUGGGGUUGUCCUGCUGCGGUGCCGCAAGGAUGCCUGUGGACUGCUCUGCUCCGCGCUCCCCUUCGUGAGGCAGCUGGAGAGCCGGAACCAACGCUACCCCUGCGUCCUCAACACCUUGCACAUAGGAGGUACUAUAAGAACAUGUCAGAAGUUUCUAAUUCAGUAUAACAGAAGACAGAUGCUGCUGUUAUUGCAAAACUGUACAAAUGAAGAGGACAGGCGGUGUAUACAGAAGUCACUGCUGAGCUGUUCCCUUACAGAAGAGCCGUCUAAAAGUGGAGACGAGGAAGAUGAUGAUGGCACAGAGACAGACUGAAUGUUACCAUUACUGUUCACCUCUGUCCUGUACUUGUGUAACCAAGGCGUUGCCAGUUAUCUUCAAUGUUACACAAGCAGGGGACAGAAAAAGCAUCUCUGUAUUUAGACAUUAUUCCCCUGUUCCAAGUGUUCUUAAAUAAAUUUUUUUUAAAAAACUGUUUAACUGAAGUAGGUCACUGGCCUGUUCCACCCCAGGAUCAGCCCCCCGUGCUCCUAAGGAGCGUAGCAGCUCAGUGUGAUCUUCAUGCUGAGGUAGAAGCAAGGCUCAGGCACUUGGUAUGGACAAGGAAUGCAGUUUUUCUCCUUGAGUACAGAAAAAGCAUUUAACUUUUUACUGGGUUUGACCUCCUCUUCAUGUGCAGCUGUUAUCACCGGGCUGUGCACUUCCUUGAGUCACUAAAGCACCAGCUCUGUACACAGGAGCAGAUGACUGAAUGCGAGGUAGAACUGUAAGGCUUAUAAAACUCAUUGGUACAAAGUACUGCUUAGAUAUUUAUUAAGUUUACACCAAUCAGUUACAGGAAAGUAGCGUUGCUGGUAUUAUCUCUUGAAUCCAUAGGAAAACCAGAUACAACUCAAAGGUGCUGUCCCGUGGAGCCUGCCCUGCAAAGGGAGUCUGCCUUGCCAGCAUCGCUUCCCUUGCUCUAGUGCCUGUGAGACGUGGAGGUGAGUUACACCAGCUCCAGCUAUGCCAUCUCUCUUCCCAGUGCAAAGAAAAAUUGACUAUUAAUGUGUAAAGAUCAUAGAACACAACAGAUGCUGGUUAGACACUAAGCAGUUAUUCCUGUUCCAUGGCUUUAACUGACUGUUACAAACAGGAAAUAAUCAUACUGUGCGUGCAGUCAACUGCAUGCUUGAAUCCUUAGUUACUUUUUCUGCCCUCACCACUCAUUUUUGAAUGUGCACAUAAAGCAUUAACAGCAAGAUGUGUCACUGCUUUCAGGCAUCUUGUCUUAGUUCCUCUGGCCUCUCCACAAGCUGUACUCUCUCCAUCAACUGUAGUUAAUUGUGGCCAAGUGUGAAGUCAGGCUGCUUUCAAAGAAUGUUGUGCAAGUGUUUCCUCUGUCCUCCCAGGGCAGCUGAGGUUCUCCUUACCUCUCCUGUCCCCCCCGUCUCUGGCUUACAGCCACAUACCAACUUCUGUGAAAUGCACUCCUUGGUACUGGCUUCCCACGCACACAAGGCUGAAGUGCCUCGAGGAAGCACAGGCAUGAUGUGGAGCUUUGAAAUCAAGCCAAUGUGUUGAUAUAAACUUUUAAAAUAUGGACACAACCAGUGAAUUUACCCAUGGAGUUGGAAAUCCUGCCUCCAAGAGUCUCAGACACAGGGCUUCCUCGCUCAGACCAGCCACAUCAGAGGGAGAGAGCACACUGACUGUGAGGAUGCAGGCACAGCACUGGUGGGGGUGGAGGUGGCAGAGGACACCUGUCAGUCCGCACCGAGCGGUGGUGCUCUGUACAGCUCUCUGAUGCGGGUUCUGUCAGCAGAAAAGAAAGACUGGAGUCCAUGCUCCUACAUGGGGUAUCCUGCUCCACGCUGGUGGAGCUGGGUUACUGUUCAGGAAGGGGGCAGUGCCGUUGGUGCGUGUGCAUGUGUGAUUUAUUGCAACUGUUGGCCUCGACUGGUAUGUUACACCUACAGCUCAUUUUAUUCGACAAACUCAUUAGCUCAAAUCAAACCACAAGCAGUGCAGAAUGUGACCACCCAAAGAAAAAGGGGGAAGGGGGUCCAGAAGAGACAUUUUAUAGCCUGAGGUGCUUAGUGCAGAUCAGUUUACAUCCCAGAACCAAGCGGUUACAGGUCCUUUUCCCAGUACAAGACACCCCGGUUUCUUGCUGGAGGCUAAGAGUUCCCUAUAGACUCCAUCUAGCAGUUGUUCUUCCAAUUCCAGAGCAGUCAGUGUCAAAGCACGAUUCCAAGAGUUACCGACAGCCCUACGGUGGAGUGUUUAUUCUAGAUGAUCAGGUUACAAAUAAUGUGUAGCCCAUGGCUAGCAAAAGAAAAAAAAAAAAAACAACCAAAAAUGAGCAGGCUCACUCACCCCAUCAAAACAAACAGAGCUGAACAACUGAGAGAAGCCAGGAGGUUCCUUCUAUCGCUAGUGCCAGUACGCACUUAGAAACACACAUAUCGAGUCACUUCAAAACCAGAUAACCAAAUUCCCUGCUUUACAUUCACCUCAGCUUUAAAUCUUUCCAAGCCAGGAGAACAGGAGGAAUUCUUGCUCUUUAGAAAAAGAACGGAUAUAGCAGCUAACACUCUAAAGCCAGGAAACUCUUCUGCCCAUUUCCAGCACAAUGGAAACCACUUUCUCUAGCGAGCAGUCUGACAGCUUUACUGAAACAGCACAACUGUCACAGUCAGAUGGACUUCUGCCCACAAAUACUUCUAUGGAAAUAAAGGUUCUCUGCCUCUUCACUUAGGUAAUAUUGCAGUAUUCUGGCAGUGCCACACACCUGUAAAGACUUUCAUACUGCUUAUUAGGCCAAAAGAACCAACUUGGCACAGGCAAGAAGCCUUGGCUGACUUGUCUCUGGGUUGUUUCUUUCAAAACUUUGUUUCAAUAUAAACUGAUUAAGCAGCUGGAAUCAAAAGAUCUUACUUCAAUAUAUAUUGUCAUGGUUUCCUCCUGAACCCCCUAGAAGCCCUGGAAACACAAGUUUAAUCUGUUCAAAUUUAAAUACUUAAACUAUAGCAGCAAAACAAAGCAAAAUGAAAAGAAAACCAGGAGAGGAAACUUCUCUUGAAUAGCAGAAUCACUUUGUGUGAACAACAGAGGUGCUGAACAGUAGCUUCUGCUUCUGUUUCUUCCUUUUCUUGCCCCCCUUUUCCUCUG